UAUGAUUUUCCCCUUGAUUUACAGAGUGUGCCCAAGCAUGCUGAGAAGGAGGUGUGGCGUUGUGCUAGACCUCCUUAAACUCAGAUGUCCAUGAUCCUGCUUCAGAGCUCGGGUUGGUGCGGUAAGAACAGAAACAGGCUGUCCUUGCUGGGCGGAUCAGACUUCUCACUCCAGCUGCGCAGACGGGACCACACAUUUCGGAACUCUUUAAAAGAAAAUCAACAAUUUUACUCGUAUUUUCAGCAUUCUAAGGUCGAGCUUCAGUAAAAGUCUUCUUUACGUAUUUCAAAAGUUCUCCACAAACGCAAGGAUGUUUUUUUUGUUUGUUUGUUUGUUUAAAUGAUCAUCGCAUGUAAAAAUCUGAAUGGACGUUUAUGCCUCGGUGCUUCACAAGGACAUCUGAAUCCUCAAUGUGACCUCAAGGUUUCUAUAAGCUUUCAGGAGUUACGGAGAACAUUUGCUACAUUUAAACUAUAAUAAUGCAACAUCCUUUGGAGAUCGGGGCGCACUACUACCCCCCGGAAGCCCAUCCAGACCAAAGAUCUCACAGGUACAGGAGUUUCAUGAUUGAAGAGAUUCUUACAGAGCAUCCGGAUCACAAGAUAUCAAGUCCCACUGGAGACCUCCUCAAAUUUGGAGUACAUGCCCUUUUGUCCGCCAGACCAUACCACAGCCACUUAGUCCUGAAAGCAGAUCAGACCAGUAUCCUGAAGUUUCCAGUGUCUCCUCUGUCCUGCUCGCUCGGGGCGCCGUUGGGCUCUGCGCUUCUGGCCGGAGCUGCGGGUCUCCAGCUCGGCUCUUCAUCCCAUCAUCUCCCGCUGGACCUCCACCUUCGGGGUAAACUCGACCCUGGAGCUGAUUCAGUAAGCAAGACAAAGAAAGGAAGAAGAAGUAGGACUGUGUUUACAGAACUACAGCUGAUGGGCUUGGAAAAACGAUUUGAGAAGCAGAAGUAUCUCUCAACUCCUGACAGAAUAGACCUGGCAGAGUCUCUAGGCCUGAGUCAGCUUCAAGUCAAAACGUGGUAUCAAAACAGAAGAAUGAAAUGGAAGAAAGUCGUGUUGCAAGGAGGAGGACUAGAAUCUCCGACCAAACCCAAGGGUCGUCCAAAAAAGAACUCCAUCCCCAGCAGCGAGCAGCUGUCGGAGCAGGAGAGGAUACGAGACGCGGACCGCUUAUCCGACGGCGGUGCUUCUUCACUUUCUGAUGCAAACCAAGAGGAAUAAACGAGAACACGAUUGUCUCCGGGACGCAAACGGACCUAAUAAUCGGCCUCUUUGGAUCAUUGUGCACCGAUGCCUUUAUGCUGGCACUUACAGACCUAACCACUUGGCCUGAUUUUAUACUACCUAUGUUUUGUCUGUUUGUUUGAUUACGCCAACUUCUGCGGGCCUCGAAAAGUCAAAGUGAACUUUUUUUCCAGGACCAGAGCGGUGGUUAGUAGUGAACAGUCUUUCUCUCAGCAUUGAAGGCUGUGGUAUCAUGGACUUUUUUAUCGGCAUAUAUUGUGCUUUUUACGCUUUUCAUUGGUAUUUCAUAAAUAUUCUUAAAAAAAAAAACAAUUAAAAUGUAUUUUUUUUUUUCGAAGACUUGUGGCAAGUGAGUUUUUUUUUUUUUUACAUGGUACCACAAAAUACACAAAUGACAGCAGCAUCAUAAUAAGUCAAGUCAACCAUAAUAAUAAUAAGAAUACCCAUGAAUAAUAUAAAAUUCCUCGUUGCGGUUUUUCGUUUUAUGUUGUGUCAGAUUCUUGCGCCAUAUCUCAUCAGGCUCAUCGAAUGCGGGCUACAUGUGUAAUUUUACGCAGAACUGUUUAUGGCCUAACUGAGCCCCAUCACACCGCGCAUUCAACUUCUUCUGGCGUGUUUACGCAGUAAAAGUAAAUAUGUGGUAACACAAUAUUUUCCAAAGUGAGAUUAUUUAUUUUCACAGAAAGAUCCUUUUAAUCAAAGACAAUGGUUAUGGUUACUGGUUCAGAAGUGUCUGAAGUAAGCGAUUUGCAGUUUGAUGAAUGUGUAGGCCUGUUCAUUUUGCACCACAGUAGUACUUGCAAAAUGCUAAAAUGAUCUUAUUCUGCUGAUAACUGUGGAAUUGGACUGUUUAGAAAAUACGUUCUUUUUCUCAAUUUUCCUUAGGCUAACAUAUUUAACACCUAGGUCCCUUGCCUGAUUUCUUGCC